AUGUCUCAUUCCCCUCGCGUUGAUCAAGUUCCUGGGGCUGCGCAAUCUCAGCGCGGUAUUGGUGCGACAGGGUUUCUGGCCGCUUUAUCCGUGGCGUGCUUCUCUUUCACAGCUCAGAUUGCUCUAUUUCUCUUUCUGCGAAAAAAUAAAACCCUGGGGUCAGUUUAUGGAAGCAGCCAGUCACGGGCCACAGAGCUGCGCAGUCUCUGGGCCGACGCCUGGAGAUACCGAAAGCCCGAGGACAACGACGACACCAUGAAGAAAGACAAUGUAGAUGUCUACUUCAUGCUACGGUAUCUCAAGACCAUAGGGCGCAUUUUCGAGCCCAUCUUCCUGAUCGCCAUGCCUGUAUUGCUCGUACUCAACUAUGUUGGCGGCAAGGGUCAGGACAUGACGCGUCCGGAUUCUUCCCGAACCCAGGCUACCGACACCGUCAUAGGUCUGGACACAUUGGCGUUCGGAAACAUCAGAGCUUCUGAAACAUCAAGAUACGCCGCUCAUGUCGUCAUGUCUGUUUUCGUGAUUAUGCAUUUCUGUCGCGUGGUCUUUGAAGAGCUGAGGGAGUAUGCUAUCUAUCGGCAAGAGUUCCUCCGCCAAAACAUGGUCUUUGUCCUAAUUUCGCCUUGGCCCAGCUCGCUAGGGAGCACAGCCGAGAUGAUGGAGUUUUACAACAGGCUGCCUGGCGGUCUCUGCAACGCGCACGUCUUUGACACGGACGGGGAGAAGGGCACAGUUCCCUAUAGCGACAAGACGGAGGACCUUCCAAGCACGCACUCUGUGCUGCUGGAGUUCCACAGCCCUCUUGCGCCACCCAUCGCGGCGAGUAUGGCGUUGAAGGACAAAAUGGAUGACUGUUUUCCCCUCGUGGUCGUUUCGGAAGACGACGUUAUCAAGCGCAAUCUCCGUGCCGCGUGGGCGAGACAGAGCAUCAGGAGCACCGUCGUCAACCUGACGCUCAGCGCCAUGAUAGUGUUAUGGGCUGUCCCUGUUGCCUCGACAGCGGCGCUGGGUCAGAUUGACACCCUGAUCCGCACGCAACCGUGGCUUUCAUUUGUAAAUCGACACGACGCGCUGCACAAAUUCUUAGCCGCGGUCGCAGGCAUCACGCCUGGGCUAGCGCUUUCGCUCCUCUUGCAUAUUCUGCCCGUCAUUCUGAGGUGGCUGACGCAGGUUCGCGGAGUGAAACUGCGGUCCCACAGAGCAGAGCUCGUCCAGAAACUGUACUUCGUGUUUCUCUUCAUUCAGAUGGUCAUGGUUGUCUCACUGGCUUCCUUCUUCACCUCCUCCAUACCGCAGUACUUGAGAAACCUCCGGGAGCUGCAGUCCGUCGGGGCGAUCUUUGCACUCUUUGCGCAGAACUUACCGAGUGCCGCCAACUAUUUCUUCUCGUACCUUAUCAUGCAAUCACUUUCCAGAAGUGCUGGAAAUAUGCUGCAGGUCGAGAGACUGCUGCUCUUUCUCUGGCACAAGGUGAGAAAGCGUGCCGACGGGCCGAUCGACGACGAGAUGGAUAUCACCACAUUGGCAUGCGAUAUGCCCGUCCUCACCACCUUGGCCUGCAUAGGGCUGGUCUACUGUAUUAUCGCCCCUUUGAUCUGCGUCUUCGUCGUACUGUCUUUUGCUCUUAUCUGGCUAACGCAGCGCUAUUCGAUUCGCUGCGAGGCGGCCCGAUCGGGGGCGGCUGGCAAGGCUCUAGCUUAUGGCGGCAUCCUCUAUCCGAUAGCGAUUCACCAGACAUUUACGGGGAUCUAUAUCAUGCUCAUAUGUCUUUCUGGUCUUUUCUUCGGGGUUCGUGACGGAGAUGGCGGCGCGCCCUGCGUUGCGCACGGCAUGACAAUGAUCGUCUUACUUUUCAUGGUUGCCACGUACCAGUACAUCCUGCACAGCAUCUAUCACCCUCGAAGCAGGGGCUUACUUGUUCAUAGCUUAGAUGAAUCAUGUCUGACGGAAGCCCGGUGUUGUCGUGACAGUCACGUCCGUCAGUCAGAAUAG